AUGUCUAGGGAGUCUCUUUACAAGAUCACAAACAAACCAGUCACCAAGGGGAUUAUAACUCUAAUCCUAAUUGUCCUCUACAUAACAUCUCUAUUCAUCACCGUAAUCACAGCAUCUGAAAGUGACAGUAAAGUGGUAGAGAUCAUCCCUACCAUAGUUGGCGCCAUUGGAUUCUUCCUUACCAUUUACGCAGCCAAUUGGUGUAGAAUAGAGAUUAGCAAACGGUCACAUGAGAACAAUGUCGACGGGUAG